UACUCGAACACCCAAGGGUACCUAUCUAAAACUAAUGAAAACCCAAAAAUAAUAACAUACGGAACAUGGCUGUGUUUUACAAGAUUCACUUUUAAAAACAAUUAAAAAUGAUAAAAUGUAACCUUCACGAGGGUGCAAGACCGGCCUGAACAAAGUAGAAUAAAAUAAAUAUGAAAAAUUAAAUUAAAACUGAACACUUACGACUGUGCCUUGUCUGUCUAUACGUGAUAUCGAAGAAAAGGUAUGUUUUCGGUAGAAACAGAGCACCGUCGAUAAUAUUAUAAUACCUAUAAUAAUUAUUAUACAUUUGGCCUGAAUGAAAACAUAAACACAGACCAUGGCGGUGGCACAUCGCCUUUGCGACAUAAGUAAUAUUGUUACAAACAACUCUAACUCGACGAUUGUAUAUUCAUUUUGCGCUCAUUCGUGGCGUUUUAUUUUGAGCGUAUUUUUACUCUUAUCGUUUUUUCCGCUUUUUUUUUUGUUCUCCGACAUGGACGGCGGAAACACAACCAAUUUGAACAGCGGAGCGGACGAUUCCAGAAACGUCUCAACGAUCCCGUUACUGCAGGAGUUUGACCAACCGGAAACGGUGAUGAAGCCAUUAAUAGCAGACAACGGUUUACCAUAAGCCGAAUUGGAAAUCGGAUCACAGGAAGAGUCGGAAUAAAAAGUGUUAGCAGCAAUGCUGUCGUUAAACCUGCCCAUCGUUAUGCGGUCGCCGUUCGGCUGGGUUCGGGGGCGGACGACGAUUCGUCCGCGGCGAAGGCGGAGGACGACGCGCAAGACGAGAACAUGGAAAGUCACAAUCACUGUUAGGAAACCGCAUUGGCAACGGGCAGGUCCACCGACGGCGUUGCCGCCAACACCUCCUACACCGGAUCCUCCUGUGAUCCAAUUUCCAAUUCGGCUUCCGGUAAGCCGUUGUCCGCUAUUAAUGGCUCCAUCACUGUUUCCGUUAGCUACAGUCGUCGCAGCCGGAGCCGGAGCCACCGCAGCCGGAGCCGGAGCCACCGCAGCCUGAGCCGGAGCCGUAGCGACCAGAGUGGAAGCGAAGACAAAUUAAAUAUUCUU